GCCUCGCGUCAGCCCCGCCGCCCGCCUCGCGCCCGCGGGCCUCGCGCCCGUUGCCGUGGCGACCCCGCUGCGGGUGUAGCCCCCUUGAUGCCCCCCCCUGAGGCUGCACCAGCCCCCAGCGGUCCUAGCGCCCCCCCGGAGCCUGUGGCCGUCACCAGCUUCGUGGGGCCUGAACCCUGUGACCUCUGGCCUGUGGCACCCCCAGUUGACAUCGACAUGGAGGUGGCCUGGCCACAGGCCUUCGCGGUGGAGCUGCCCCGGGGGCCUCAGGGCUUCGGGAUGAGCCUCUGGGGGGGCCGUGACCUCAACAUGGGGGUUUAUGUGCGGCGGCUGCGGGAGGGGGGCCCGGCCCAGCGCUGCGGCCGCAUCCAGGUGAGUGACCAGCUCCUGGCCAUCAAUGGGGCCCCCACAGCCGGUAUGACCCAUGCCCAGGCCCUGGCCUGCAUCCGGGGGGGGGGGCAGCCCCCUGCGCCUGCUGCUGCGCCGGGGCCACGGGCCCCCCCCAAAUCCUCCCCCGAGGGGGGUCCUGACCCUCUGCAUCAGCAGCUCCCCCCGGGGCGAGCCGUGCUUCUGCCUCGUGGGACGCCGGGCCUCGGGGGGGGGCAACUGGGGGGGAAUGCACCCCUAAAUGCCCCCCCUUCCGUUAACACCCCCCCCGCACCCCCUUUAUCGGUGCUUGGGGGGGACCCCCCCCAUUUUUGGGGGGGGCCCCUACCCUUCAAUCUAUGCAAUGCCCUCCCCCCGCUCCCCGUUUUUGGGGGUGCUCAAUAAAGGUGAGGACCCCCC